CCGACAACCGCACGCGCGCGUUCACACACACACAUACACAUACACAUACACAGAAUAAAGUAGAACAGUCUGAGUACACACACACACACACACACACACACACACACACGCGCGUAUUUCAAACACUUUAAACCAGAUAUUUUAUUUGUUUUUAUAAAGUUUGAAGUUGGAAGGUUUCAACGUUUAUCGCGGAUUUUCUCACGGACUGGAGUUUGUGACUUCACACACAACACGGAGUCCUCUGGUGGAGUUGUAGGACAUCACUUCCCGGUCAUUUUGGAUCCUACACACUCAGUGUGUGUCACAGCUCAGCCUCGUCAUAGUCAUAUGCUUUUUUUUCUUUUUUUUUACUUUUGUGAAAAUCCUUCAUUACAAAAUGGACAGUGAUGUUUCAUGACAUCACUUCCUGAAGGUUCUUGGCACUGAAGGUAUAAUAAGAGUUGUCCGGAGCAGUAUAGUACCGCUCACCUUUAACAGGAAUACACGUUCUGGCUGAAUCACAAUAAAGGAAGUGGUUGUGUUGUUGCCAUGCCGAUCCUGAAGCAGCUGGCCUUGAGUUCGUCUGGGUCAAAGCGCCGUUCUCGUUCUGACCUGACGGCGGAGAUGAUUAGCGCACCGCUCGCUGACUUCCGCCACACCGUGCACAUCGGCCGUGGCGGGGAUGCCUUCGGAGACACGUCCUUCCUCAGCGUGCCACAUCAGUCAGCCAAUCUGGGGCAUAAGAAUGGCCUUCUGCCUCGCAGGUUCAGAGGCAGCAAACGCUCUCAGACUGAGAGAAACUCCAGUGCUAUGAGCUACACGCUACCAGCUAACAGCGCUGUCUCCCUGCCUUAUGUAAGUGAAGAUCAGAACAUGACACUCCGCCUUCCGCAAAGCGCCUCCUUAAAUUUUGCGGAAACGAACGGAAAAACAGUAGUGAUUAAUGGGCGGAGCUUAGAGGUGGAGGAGCAGCAUUUUGGGGAGCCCAGUGAAGUCCCCAUGUUCACACCACCCUCUGGGAGAGGAAUGAAACCUGCAGAGUCAAUGCUGUCUCUCCACAUCGACCUUGGGCCCUCCAUGCUCGGAGACGUCCUUGGUGUCAUGGACAAGCCUGAGGGGGACCAACAGGACCUCGCAGAAGAUCAGAGGCAGGGCUGGAAGGGACCGUGUCCACUCAAGGGUGUGUCCUCAUCCAGCCCUGGAUUAAAGCAGGAGAAAUCUCAAAAAGCACACGAGAGUGAGACAUGUAGCACUACAUACAGCAUUAACAUCAACGACAAAGACUUCCUGUUCAUGGACGAGGACGAGGACGAGAUCGGAGUAUGAACACCGUUUCCUCAACAUUUAACACAUCGGGAUGGAGCUCAGUAACGUCUGAGUCGAAGUGGACUUUAUUCUUUUUAUUAAGUGUAUUAGCUGAAGUGUCAAGUAUAUGAGACCUUCAAAUGCUUACACACACACAUACACAUGUUGGCAGUGUUAAUUGUUGGUGUUAAGAUUUUUAUUUUAUGUAAGUGUCAAAAAAACAUUUAAAACAUUCAUAAAAACAAACCACUAUAUGGUGUAUCACUGCUCUGAACCCACCAGAACCUCGGACCCAGCACCGCUGUGACGUCACACCCUCAGCUCACAGCCCCUCAAAACCAAAUCUUUUUGAGUAAACUGACGCCAACACAACAAGCCACUGGCAGUAAUUCAGUAACACAGGUCUGGAAUGAAAUUCUGAGAGUUUGAGCUGUUCGUGUGAGUCUGUUUCAGACAGGACGCACACACACAGGACGGAUUCUGCAGUGCAUGUAUAAAAGUUAGCACGUGGAUAACCACAGACACGUGUUAUAGCCUCGUUUCAUAAAUGUGCGCCUGUUGGACUCAUAAUAUUGAUUAGAUUUAGAUAAAACAUUUAAGAUAACAAUAGAUGAAGACAUUGUUAUUCCUAUAAUUAGGUUAGGUAAUCAAAUGAUUGUAAACAAUAAUGUAAUGUUUAUAUAGAUUUCCACAACAUGAUCAGAAACUUCAGAGUUUUUUAUUGAAAUAUGUGCUUGUUGAACAUCCCUUUCUAAAUGUAGUUUACAUUUAGUCAUUUAGCAGAUUAUUUUAUCCAAAUCGACUCUAUAAUGAGGAAAUACAAGCAAAGUGAUGUAUCAAGCAGAGAACUAGAGAAGCAGAGUAGAGGUGUAAGAGCCGGUGUGCAGAAUGAUUUUUAAAAAUAAAUAUAUAUAAUGUGAGGGUUGGCGUUUUAGGGGUUAGUUAGGUGUUCAUGGAAGAGGUGGAUCUUUAGUUGUUUCUUGAAGAUGGUGAGAGAUUCUGCGGUCCGGAUUGAGGUUGGAAGUUUUGAAAUAACAAGAGCCUGGACUAGUAGUUGUGUAUCCUGUACGGUGAGGUAGGGUCUGAUUUUCUUGAUGUUGUACAGGAUGAACCUACAGGACCAUGCAGUUGUUGAGAUGUGGUCUGUAAAGGUCAAGCUGUCCUCAAGAAUCACCCCAAGGUCCCUGGCCUUCCCAGUUGGCUUGAGUUUGGUUGAGCUGAGCUGUACAGUGAGGUUGUGGUUGAUAGAGGGGCAGGCUGGGAUGACGAAAAGCUCAGAUUUUGCCAAAUAGAGCUUAAUGUGGUGUUCCCUCAUCCAGACCGAGAUGUCCGACAGGCAAGCAGAGAUGCGUGCACAGACAGCUGGAUCGUCAGCCUGGAAGAAUAAAUAGAGCUGGGUGUCAUCAGUAUAGCAAUGAUAUGAGAAGCUAUGAGACUCAAUCACCUGCCCUAGAGAUGUAGUGUAGAUAGAAAACAGCAGUGGACCCAGAACUGACCCCUGUGGAGGUAAGGACUCUGUGCAGGACACUCGAGUUCUUCUACCUUCUUCCAACCUUCACAAACCAUGUCUUCAUGGAGCUCGCUUUGUGCACAGGGGUGUCGUCAUGCUGACAAGUGUGGGGAAAUUGUAAUGCUACAGCAUACAGAGACGUUAUAUAAAACUGUGUGCUUGUGAUUAACUAGGAUGAUUAGAAAGUCUUUUAUAAUACUCUUAGCAGUGGCCUGUUUAGACGUCCAGCACGCUUGAGGAAAAUGGUUUUAUAUAGAACCAUAACCGUUUCCUCACUUUGUUCUGAUUUCUUCCUUUACAUUGUGUUUGUUCUUAUGAAAAGGUACAUUAGUUUAGGAGAGUUGUGAAUUAUGGGAAAUGUAGAAUAGAAUAUAUUUCAGAAUUUUAGGGAUGUCACGAUACCAAAAAUCUAGUAGUCGGUACCGAUACCACCAAAAGUACUCGAUACUUGCUAUUUUAGUUAUCAAACACUGUCCGACAGUGAAUGCACACACACACACACACACACACACACACACACACACACACACACACACACACACACACACACACACACACACACACACACACACACACACACACACACACACAGAGAGACAGAGAGAGACAGACAGAGACGCGUGCGCACGCACGCACACACACACGCAUGCACAUAGAUGUGCACGCACGCCCUUAUACUCUGAAUGCAAGCAUUAGUUUAAAUUCACUGAUUUGGUGGCAGGCCAAAAAGAUUUAUUAAAAGCAUGAACAUUUGAAUAAUUAUUAGUGACAUUAGGCUACAUGUAUUAGGCUACAUGACAGGACGCGGGCUGAAUGGUGAUGCAUGGUGGCCCAUUAGGAGGUAGUUUAUAACACUGCAAUGCAUUAGCGUCUUUAACAAAUAACUGGCUAUCGCUAACAUUACAUGGAGCAUAACGUUAGCUGGUUUCACGCCACAAUGCAGCUGCCUCAAACAAACAUAAUAUAGGACCGUCUCUCAGGUGCUUCACCAAAUUCCAGGUGUUUACUCACUUUGUCUGAAAUGUACGAUAGCAUCGGUUGCACACCGGAAACCGAUACUGGCUUUCCUCUCUUUUCCUCUCAACGAGUCGGGGCGGAGCUAAACUUGUUAAGCUAAGCUAAUCUUCUGUAGUUUUUCCCGUGUGCUUGUAGGCGUUCUUUUUCUUCUUCACCACUUGUGGACUGACUAAAACACUUGCGCGUAUUUGCUGCCCCCUUCAGGUCCGGCAUAAUCGCAACCUCAGUACUUUCGUUACGCACGGUACAAACGGUACUGCAGAAAAACAAGUACCGUCACGUUUUAAGAAUGUCGGUACCGACUUGGUGCUGAAGUAUCGGUUCUCGUGACAUCCCUACAGCACAUCAUUAGUAUAAUACAUGCAGAUCCAUGCAGCUGUGUGUAGGAAUUUUCUUAUUCAUGACAGUUUAAAUUGUUCUGGGAAACAUGUAACAACAUGAAACAACAUGAAACAACUUUCAUGUAGAAGUUAUAGAGUUAACAUGGUGCUGAUGCACUACACUUUAGUCAGUGUAACCUGAAUGUUUUAUGGAGAAUUCUGGGAAUUUAAGGGCGGGUUUCUUGUUGUUUUAUUUUUAUUUUUGCAGCAGUCUGGGGAUGGUAUUUAGUGUCACUGGGUGUAAUACAUUCCUGACUAUAUUAAUGAAUAUUUAAACAUUAAUAUUAUUUUCUAUUUAAAGAGCACUGUAAUGAAAGUUUGCAGUCAGUGUGCUGCUGUGUUUUUAAUGUAUUUAUCAUUCCUCUUUUAGAUCAGUGUAUGAUGUUUAUCUUUUCCUGCUGUUUCUGUAUGAUUAUAAUACGGUAAUUGAAUCCACUGAUCUAACCUUUCAUGCUAAUUUUUUUGAUUGACCUUUUAAUGCUUCUAUUUUUUAAAUAAAAUGUAAAAAGCUGGAGAACUUUUA